AGUUGCCGCGCAGCUACCGUUACAGAAGGAGUGUAAGAGAGAGGUAGAGAAGGACACAUUAUUUUUGCGCUCACCCACAAGAAAACCACCACAAAAAAGAAAAGAACAUUUUCACAUCGGAAAAUUGAAUUUUUUUCUGUGUGUUUUGUGUGUGCAAUUCGUUAAAAAAGUGACUAAAAUUCAAACCUAAAUCGCCUAAUAGUGUUUUUUUCUCUCAAAGUUUAAGAUUUGAAGUAGAAUCAUGUCGUUCUAUCGCAUCUCUGCACGCAAAUUGGCUGAGGCACAGAAACUGCCCAGUGUGGGUUUGUAUGUGCGCCAAAUUUCCGCUGAUGGUCGCAGCCUGCGUGACGUUUUGGCCGCCAAGGUGCCCCAGGAGCAGGAGCGUGUUAAGCACUUCCGUAAGCAGCAUGGAUCCACCAAAGUGGGUGAGACCACCAUUGACAUGAUGUAUGGCGGUAUGCGCGGCAUCAAGGCCCUCGUUACGGAGACAUCUGUCCUGGAUGCCGAUGAGGGUAUCCGUUUCCGUGGCCUCUCCAUUCCCGAGUGCCAGAAGGUGUUGCCCGCUGCCGAUGGCGGUACCGAACCCCUGCCCGAGGGUCUGUUCUGGCUGCUGUUGACCGGUGAAGUGCCCACCAAAUCCCAAGUGCAGCAGUUGUCCCGCGAAUGGGCUGAGCGUGCCGCAUUACCUCAACAUGUUGUCACCAUGCUGAACAAUAUGCCAACCACUUUGCAUCCAAUGUCGCAAUUCGCUGCCGCCGUUACGGCCCUCAAUCACGACAGCAAGUUCGCCAAGGCCUAUUCGGAUGGUGUUCACAAGAGCAAGUACUGGGAAUACGUCUAUGAGGAUAGCAUGGAUCUGAUUGCCAAACUGCCAGUGGUGGCUGCCACCAUCUACUGCAACACUUACCGUGGCGGCAAGGGCUCCCGGGCAAUUGACUCGAGCCUGGAUUGGUCUGCUAACUUUGUGAAAAUGCUCGGCUACGACAACGCCCAGUUCACCGAACUGAUGCGUCUCUAUCUGACCAUUCACAGUGAUCACGAGGGUGGCAAUGUAUCUGCCCACACUGUGCAUUUGGUUGGCUCCGCUCUCAGUGAUCCUUAUCUGUCAUUUGCUGCCGGUAUGAAUGGUCUUGCUGGUCCAUUGCACGGUCUGGCCAAUCAGGAGGUGCUCAUCUGGUUGCGUAAGCUCCAGAAGGAGGCUGGUAACAACCCAUCAGAGGAGCAGUUGAAGGAUUACAUCUGGAAGACGCUCAAGUCUGGACAGGUUGUGCCCGGCUAUGGUCAUGCUGUGCUCCGUAAGACCGAUCCCCGUUAUACCUGCCAACGUGAGUUCGCCCUCAAGCAUCUGCCCGACGAUGAGCUAUUCCAGCUGGUGUCCAAGAUCUACAAGGUGGUGCCACCAAUCCUAACUGAAACCGGCAAGGUCAAGAACCCCUGGCCCAAUGUAGAUGCCCACUCUGGUGUCCUCCUGCAGUACUAUGGCAUGAAGGAAAUGAACUACUACACUGUGCUCUUUGGUGUUUCCCGUGCUCUCGGUGUGCUCGCCUCUCUGGUGUGGGAUCGUGCUCUGGGUCUGCCCAUCGAGCGUCCCAAAUCCCUGUCCACCGAUUUGCUCAUCAAGAGUGUACAGAAGUAAAUCAGUAGAAGGAAUACUAAGGCGGCUGUAAGCGUGAGAGAUGAAGAUGAUGAUGAUGAUGAUGACGGUGGUGGAGAGAGGUUGUCGGUUGUCUAGAGAAAUGCAGCAACGGCGUCGGAGGAAGGAAGUUCAAUUGCAGAUGCAGGAAACAAACAAGAGGAAGCAGUAACAAUAGCAAAGUAAUAGACGCGAGAGGAGCAGAGAAGAGGGAGUAAUAUGAGAAUGAGAUGAUUAUGAGUUUUGAGGUUGAUGAUGAUAAUGAUCAAAUGAUGAUCGUUUGAUGAGAUAUUGAUGAUAUUGAUGCGUUUUUCAACGUAGUGUAGUAGUAGAUGAGAUGAUGGAGAGGAACAGCCAACCAAAAAAUAUUUAACAACAACAAUAAGAACAACAUACAAAGCAACAUGAAACUGCAACAGCAAAGAAAAACAAUAAGUUGGAAAUAAGGCAAAACUUAUUAAUUUUUAGUAGUAAAAUAAUAAAUGAAACAAAAUCACUUAAUUAAUUGUAUAAGCAACGCUCUAUAUAUAUGUAUAUAUAUAUAUGUAUUUAUAUAAAUAAGUAUAUAUUUAUAUAUGUAUAUAUAUAUGUGUAGAGAGAGGAAAACAGAGAGAGACGAUAUGUUUGCGCCGAUUUCUUAUGUUUAGCAUUUUCCCUACCCUCCCUUUCCCUUCACGAAGCCUUCUCUAUACUCCUCUUCCCGUCAAAAAAUAUAAGCCCCACCACAUUUAUACAUUUUAUUUAGUUUGUUAUUUAAUUACACUGUAAGCUUGAAUUUUGUAUAAUUAUAAUUUUCAUAUUCUGUUUGUUAA